UUGGUCAGGCAUUGCACGUGCCAAACUCUUUCCUGUUUCUUUCUCCCUGAGACACAACAGAAGAGACAGACAACCAUGUGGCUGUUAUUGCUCCUGGUCAUUCUCGUGAUCUCCAUUUUUGUUUAUUUCUCUUUUAUCCAUGGCUCAGGGAAGAACCCCUUUAGCCAGCUGAUUCUGCAGUCCUCCAAACCAAUUGUCCUGGAUCAUGAAGCCCGCAAAAAGGUACUCAAAAGAGGUUUCUCCGCAGAUAAAGUGCCGCCCAACCUCGAUGCGAUCGUCAUUGGAAGUGGCAUGGGAGGUCUGACCGUGGCCGUGGUCAUGGCAAAAGCUGGCAAACGGGUUCUGGUGUUGGAGCAGCACACCCAGGCUGGAGGUUGCUGUCACACUUUUCAGGAGAAGGGCUUUGAAUUUGAUGUCGGUAUCCAUUAUAUUGGGGAAAUGCACAAGGGUGGCAUUAUGCGAAUGAUCAUAGACCAGCUCACUGAUGGGCACCUUGACUGGGUUCGGCUGGAGGAUCCCUAUGAUAUUAUAUCCCUUGGGGAGAAGGAAUACAAACUCUACUCCGAGAAAGCCUUUGUGGAGGAGUUGGAGAAGCAGUUCCCAGAGGAGAAGAAGGCCAUCAGAGAGUACAUGAGACUGUCUUCGAUUACAUUGAAGCACAUGCCUUUGCUUGUUUUCCUGAAAAUGAUUCCCAUGUGGCUUUCAAAAUUCCUCGUCCGAUCGGGCCUAGUUCACUGGGUCUCGCCUAUUUUCAGGUUGACUUCUACCAGCCAAACCAAAAUUGUAGAGCAGCUGACCACCAACAAGGAUCUGCAAGCCGUCUUAAGUUAUUUCUUCUAUGGAGUUCCUCCCAAAGAUUCCAGUUUCCUCAUGACAAGCCUGCUGGUCCGUCAUUAUCAACAUGGCUCAUGGUACCCGAAAGGGGGGCCCAGUGAGAUCCCUUUCCAAAUGAUCCCCAUCAUCGAGCGAUCUGGAGGUGCUGUGCUCAUGAGGGCCCACGUGAAUGAGAUCUUGGUCUCGGAGAGCGGUGCUGCUAUAGGGGUGAGUGUAGAGAAGAAACAUGGUGGCGAUGUAAAAAUUUAUGCUCCUGUGGUGAUCUCAGAUGCUGGCCUGUUCAAUACCUUUGGGAAGCUGCUGCCUCCUCAGAUCAGAAGCAAACCAGCGAUCCAGUCUCAACUUAACUUGGUCAAUCACAGCAUGGGUUCAUUCUUAGUCUUUGUGGGCCUUCGAGGGACCAAAGAAGAGCUUGGUAUCAAGUCGUGCAACUACUGGCUUUACCCACAUAAUGAUCUGAACGGCAUAACCACAAAAUACAUGGAUCUGCCCAAAGAGAAGGUGAGCACACACCUCCCUAUGGUGUACAUCACAUUCCCCUCAGCCAAGGAUCCCACCUAUGAAGAACGGUAUCCAGGUCACUCUUGCAUGGCUCUUAUCAGCAUGGCUCACUUCAAGUGGUUUGAGGAAUGGUCUGAAGGCCGUGUGAGGAACAGAGGGGCUGACUAUGACGCCUUCAAGAUGGAGAUUGCCCAGCAGCUGCUAGACAUGGCUCUGGCAAAGUUCCCCCAGCUGAGUGACAAGAUAGAAUUUAUGGAAGCUGCUUCCCCUCUCAGCAACCAGUACUAUCUAGCUGCCCCUGUGGGUGAAAUGUAUGGAGCUGAGCAUGAUCUGUGCCGCUUUGAUCCACUGGUUAUGGCUGCCAUGAGACCCAAGACUCCCGUUCAGAAUCUCUACUUAACAGGACAAGAUAUCAUCACUUGUGGCCUUGCAGGGGCUCUGAAUGGAGGUUUGCUUUGUGCCUCAGCUGUGCUUGGACGCAACGUUUACAUAGACAUUGUGAAACUGAAGAGAAAACUGAACAAACUGAACCACAAGAAAGAUACUUAAUUUAUUUCAGCUGGAACUACACUCACAAAAACCGAGCUAUUACAGCUUGGUCCUAGGAGCACAAGGCCUAUCUAGUCCAGGGUCUUGUUUCUCCCAGUGGAUAACUGGAUGCCUCUGGGAAGCCCAUCAACAGGCCUUGAGGAAACAACUGUGUUUCAUUUGUUAAUGGAAAGCAUUCUGCCUCUAUAUUGCGGAGGUAAUAUAUGGGCAUAUUGAUUAGUAGCCAUUAUGCUCCAUGAAUUUGUCUUAUUUCCUCUGAAAAUCGUGGGUUGCCAUCUUAGUACUGUAUUGGCAAAUUCUAGAGCUUAACCAUGUGUCU